GCAGUAUUCAUUAUAAGGGCUGUCAGUGCGGAUAACACCUCUCACUGUCAGAUUUGAGAUUUCCUUUUUUCAUUCAGAACCAGGAGGUACAAAGCCAUGGAAGACAACACAUCCUACUAUGACGAUGAUGGUUUUUUUUCCCCCUGUGACAGCGAAUUUUUGACAAACUUUGGACAAGUGUUUAUACCAGUUUUGUACAUUUUGGUCUUCAUCCUUGGUUUUGUGGGUAAUGGCCUGGUGGUGGGAGUCCUGCUGAAACACUGUCACAGGUCGAACCUGACAGACAUGUGUCUGAUGCAGCUGGCUGUGUCUGACCUGCUGUUCCUGCUCACUCUGCCUCUGUUCGCUCACUACAUUGGCAGUUCUUCCUGGAUCUUUGGAGACUUCAUGUGUCACAUCAACGGAGGUCUGCACAACGUGGGCUACUACAGCAGCACCUUCUUCAUGGUGGUUAUGACUCUGGAUCGAUAUGUGCUCAUCCAAUUCGCUCAAAAGGCCUCCAAAUACCGCACCAGGAAAACUGGGAUGGUUGUGAUCACAUGUGUUUGGGCUCUGAGCUUCUGCGCAUCACUGCCAGCCUUCAUCUUAACACAAGCGGGAAAAGAUACAGAAGAUUCAGAAUAUGUUAGUUGUCAAGAAGACAGAACCUGGGAGAAAUAUAACAUCUUUUCCACAAAUAUCCUGGGUCUUGUGCUUCCUUACACUGUGAUGGUGGUGUGUUACUCCAGGAUCAUCCCUACUCUGAUGAAAAUAAGGAGUACACAGAAACACCGCAGUGUCAAGCUCAUCAUCUGCGUCAUGGUGGCAUUCUUUCUUUUCUGGGCUCCGUACAACAUCACUUUAUUUCUGUAUUACUUGAAAUUAGUAGAUGUACUGGCAGACAGCUGUGAACUGGACACAAACCUUAGGCUCUCCAUCACAGUAACAGAGACUGUGGCCUACAGUCACUGCUGUCUGAACCCCAUCAUCUACGCCUUUGCAGGGCAGAAGUUCAUGAAGCGCUCCCUUAAGAUGCUGAGGAAGCUGCUGCCGUGGGCCCACUCCAGCAGAGACGUGUUCGAGAGUUCAUUCAGAAUGGGUUCAGUAACGUCACGAAACUCAGUCACAACUACUGUCAUGUGAGAUGCAGAUGGCUGUUUUUUAUGUGUGUGUUGGGAUACUUAGUUAUGUGGUAUUGCAUGUGAGAACCACAAUAGCAUUGACAUUUAAAUGUACAUGCUUUUCUAUGGCAUAAAAUUGCUUACUUUUUGAUUUUGUGCACUUUUUUCUGUCAAA